GUUCUUGAUGCGAAAGGAAGCGAGAGUUUUUCUCAGCUUAGCGAAAUUCUCCGCCCUCGACCUCCUACCAUACCUUCUCCGGCGAUCCAUCGCCCUCAUUCUCUUCGCUUCGAUUCUUAUCGCCGAUUGGUUCUUCGUGUUCACCUCAUCAAGAUCGAUAUCCUCGAUUGUUGCCUUGGCUCAUGGGGUAUCGAAGCGACCAGCGGUAUGUUGUGUGAAGGCUGGGCGUUUUGAGUCGACUGGGGGACUGAGAUCGAGUUCUUGGUCCCCUGCGCAUGACUUGAGAUUUUGGGACUCGGUUGAAUAAAAGGCCAAGAUGAGCGCAGAUUGCUUCCGUAGUUCGUUGCUAGGAUCGCCGCUUCGGACGUCUUUGGCAUGGAGAAAUGGCAGCGCCGUUGAUAGGGAUUUCUUUAGUUAUACCAGUGCUAGGAAUCGCCGGAAAGGUCGUGGAGUUCCUUCUUCAUUUUCAUUUGCUGGCAGAUUUCCCAGUUUCUGUUCAAGGAAAAUUGGGUUUUUGAAUGAUGGAUUCAGAGUGAAUUGCUUCGGGGAGUCAUUUCCCAAAACUAAGGCCUGGUUUAGAUCGCUCAACCCACCUUGGAAAGAGGGGCUAUUCUUCAUUAGGUGCUCUGUCUUUGUUGCGGUCAUUUCCAUGGCAGGAAUGCUGAUGUGGUAUGCGCAGCGUAAGGCCAGUAGCUUUGUGGAGACCCAUCUUCUACCUACUGCUUGCUCAAUUCUUAGUGAGCAUCUGCAAAGAGAACUUGAUUUUGGAAAAGUUCGAUGUGUUUCACCACUGGGCAUCACUUUGGAUUCAUGUUCAAUUGGACCUCACAAGGAGGAGUUCUCUUGUGGGGAGGUUACCACCAUGAAACUUCGACUUCGUCCUUUUGCAAGCCUUAGGAGGGGGAAGAUUGUUAUAGAUGCUGUUUUGUUCCAACCCUGCCUAUUAGUUGCACAAAAGGAGGACUUCUCUUGGCUGGGCAUUCCAUCUCCAUCAGGAAAUGGUAUGCAGCGACAUCACUCGUCUGAAGAGGGAAUAGAUUACAGGACAAAAACAAGAAGGAUUGCUAGAGAACAAUCUACUGCUUCCUGGGCAACAAAAAGGAUUAAAGCUGCUAGGGAAGCUGCAGAGAUGGGUUACAUUGUUCCUGAGGAGGAUUCAUCAGUACUUAGGGAUGAAGGCAUAAAGGAUAAACCUCUUUCUGCUAAGUCAAGGAGGCCAAGUUCACUCUUUUGUAUUGAUGACCAUAUGCAUUCAAAGGAUCACCAUUGCAUGGAUGAUAGUGUCCAUGGUUAUAAGCACUCUGAAUCAGAGAAAUCCAGUGCAGUAAGUGUAAACUUCUCAUCCAAAAUAAUACCAAAAUUUUUAAGGCAUAGGUUCAAAAGAAAUGGAAAAGGGAAAGUUGUUGCAGAAAGGGGGUUUUCUUCAAAGCAACGAACUCUCAAGCGGAGUGCUGUUGCUGCUUUGGCAUAUCUCGGAGCCAAGGAUGAUGGGAAGUUCAGUGAGCCGUCUUCUAGUUCACAAACACAUUCAUCUAGUGAAGGCAACAGAGAUACUGGGCCUGAGUUAACAUUUAUGAAGGACAAAGAAAAUCAUUCUGUCCAAGUAACACCAACUAAUGUUGUUGAAAGAACUAAGUCAGAAUACAUGACUGGGUUAGUUUAUUUAGAUGAAGAAUUUAGAUCACAGACACAAGUUAAAGCUUCUGAUGGUAACUCAGCUGCUGGUAAUUUUGAUGUGCAGAAAGACAAUGAAAUACAUAUGAAUGGAAGCAUGGAAAAACAUCAGCUAGCAGAAGAUAGUCAUAGCUCCUUGCAAACUGAUGCCUGUACUGUUGUGACUUCUAAAUCCUCUUCAAAUGCCAAAAAUGAUGAUGACUUGGAGAACCAUCAUCUUCAUUAUGGCCAUGGCAAUGGUGUUGGGUUUGACACAGUGGCGCAUAACAUUGCAGACAAAUCAGGGGAUGAUGAGGAUAAUAAUUGUGAAAGAUUCAGCCUCAGAGAGUUUGGGACUUGCACACAGAUGCACCAAUCUAAGACCUUUCUUCCCUUUACCUUUAGACCUGGGAAAGUUCCUAAUAAUGCACUUGUAUCUCAACACCUUGCCAGUCUUAUUCAGAAACUGAUGUUCUUCCUCAGUACAAGUUACGAGGACCUUUCUCCUUCAUUCUUUGAAGAUGUAGUAACUAAGACUACUUCCAUCAAGAAAGCUCUUCCAGUUACACUGGAUUCUGUUCAUUAUGCUGGAGGAACACUAAUGCUUCUGGGAUUUGGUGACAUUGAACCCAGGGAAAUGAUUGAAGUGAAUGGGCGUCUCAAACUUGACAAUGACUAUAGUGGAGUGCAUGCUCAACUGAGUGGAAAUUGUAGGGAAUGGAGAAAGGAGCGGACUUGUGAAGGUGGGGGAGAUCUGUCUGUUGAUGUAUUUGUAAAUAUUCUUGAGCAAAAUUGGCAUGCAAAUUUGAAGAUCAUAAAUCUCUUUGCUCCACUGUUUGAGCGGAUUUUAGAACUUCCCUUGACAUGGUCGAAAGGCAGAGCCACUGGUGAGAUUCACAUCUGCAUGUCUCGAGGGGAUAGCUUUCCAAGUCUCCAUGGCCAGCUUGAUGUUAAUGGACUGUCUUUUCAUAUCCUAGAUUCUCCUUCUACCUUUUCAGAAUUGACAGGAACAUUGUGUUUUCGUGGUCAAAGGAUCUUUUUGCACAAUGCAAGUGGCUGGUUCGGUGAUGCCCCUCUUGAAGCUUCUGGUGAUUUUGGAAUAAAUCCAGAGAAUGGUGAAUUUCAUCUCAUGUGUCAGGUUCCGAGUGUUGAGGUGAAUGCGCUUAUGAAGACAUUGCGAAUGAGACCAUUGUUAUUCCCGGUGGCUGGAUCUGUUACAGCUAUAUUCAAUUGUCAAGGUCCAUUGGAUGCUCCUAUUUUGGUUGGAAGUGGAAUUAUAUCAAGGAAGUUUUCUAAGACAAUAUAUGCAUUUCCUCCAUCUUCUGCCUCUGAAGCGGUAAUUGAAAAUAAAGAGGCUGGCGCUGUGGCAGCUUUUGAUCGCAUUCCAUUUUCACAUGCGUCAGCAAAUUUUACUUUCAACCUUGAUAAUUAUGUUGCUGACCUCUAUGGCAUCAGGGCAUGCCUUUUAGAUGAUGGGGAAAUUAGAGGAGCUGGAAGCGUAUGGAUUUGUCCAGAGGGGGAAGUUGACGAUACAGCAAUGGAUAUAAAUUUUUCUGGGAACUUUUUACUUGAUAAAGUUCUUCACCGAUAUCUACCUAAAGAUUUGCAUUUGAUGCCGCUCAAAAUUGGAGAGCUUAAUGGAGAGACCAGAUUAUCUGGGUCUUUGUUGAGACCGAGAUUUGAUAUCAAGUGGGUUGCACCAAAAGCAGAAGACUCAUUUGGUGAUGCACGAGGGGACAUCAUUAUAACUCAUGAUAACAUCAUAGUCACUUCAUCAUCAGUUGCCUUUGAUUUGUAUGCUAAGGUUCAAACAUCAUAUCGUGAUGACUAUUUGCAAGAUAGAGAAACUAUGGAUCAUAAGAGAAUGCCACUAAUUGCUGGGGGAGUCGACUUAAACUUGCGUUUACGGGACUUUGAGCUGGCCAGUUUUAUUUCUUCCAAUACUUUUGAUUCACCUAGGUCUCUGCACUUGAAAACAACUGGAAAGGUCAAAUUUCAAGGAAGAGUUGUCAAAACCAUAGAAACCAUGGUUGAAAAUGCACUUGGAAGCAAGGGCAAUAGUUCUGGGGUACACAAGGUUGACAGUGAUGUAGAAACACUUGUUGGAGAUGUCUCUUUAUCUGGGAUUACUGUCAACCAACUUAUGCUAGCUCCCCAACUGACCGGUUCCCUCUCAAUUUCACGUGAUGUUGUCAAGUUGAGUGCUGCUGGGAGGCCUGAUGAGAAUUUGUUAGCAGAAGUGAUUGGACCAUUUUGGUUUAGCAAAGAAGAGAUGGUGAAAAAUAGAAGAUCAUUAUUUUUCUCUCUUCAGAAGGGGCAAAUAAGAGCUAAUAUCUUUUAUCAACCACAUAUUUCAGCUAAUCUAGAGGUGCGGAAUUUACCCCUAGAUGAAUUGGAACUAGCAUCACUUCGAGGAACAGUUCAAAAGGCAGAACUCCAACUUAAUUUUCAGAAGAGAAGGGGCCAUGGAUUAUUGUCAGUUCUUCGACCUAAAUUUAGUGGUGUACUUGGUCAAGCAUUUGAUGUGGCUGCUCGAUGGACUGGUGAUGUUAUUACUGUUGAGAAGACUGUUCUUGAGCAAGCUAGUAGCAGAUACGAACUACAAGGUGAGUAUGUGUUACCUGGAACACGUGAUAGGUAUACUGGUAGCAGAGGGAAGGAUGGCAUCCUCAAAAAGGCAAUGGCUGGUCAUCUUGGUAGCGUGAUUUCUUCAAUGGGAAGAUGGCGAAUAAGAUUAGAAGUUCCUUAUGCUGAAGUUGCUGAGAUGCUUCCCUUGGCAAGGCUCCUUUCUCGAAGUACUGAUCCUGCUGUCCAGUCAAGAUCGAAGGACUUUUUUAUGCAGAGCUUGCAAUCUGUGGGAUUUUAUGCUGAAAACCUUCGUGACCAUCUGAAGGCAAUACAAAAUUUUUACAAUAGGUCUGAUGAGGAUGCUUUUGAAGACAUUACUCUUCCUGGUUUAGCUGAAUUUAAAGGUCGCUGGAAUGGCUCUCUUGAUGCUAGCGGAGGUGGCAAUGGAGACACCAUGGCAGAUUUUGAUUUCCAUGGGGAGGAUUGGGAGUGGGGAAACUAUAAGACUCAGCGCAUUUUGGCAGUUGGUGCAUAUAGCAAUCUUGAUGGUCUGCGACUAGAUAAAUUAUUUAUCCAGAAAGACAAUGCAACCCUCCAUGCUGAUGGAACUCUACUUGGACCAGUGACAAAUCUUCAUUUUGCAGUGCUAAAUUUUCCCGUUGGCCUGGUGCCAAUGGUUGUACAGAUUAUUGAAUCUUCUACCUUCAGUUCAAUACAGUCUCUCCGCCAAUGGUUGACGCCAAUAAAGGGUAUCUUACACAUGGAAGGAGAUCUUAAAGGAAGUCUGGCAAAACCUGAGUGUGAUGUUAAAAUACGACUUUUUGAUGGCACUAUAGGAGGCAUUGAUCUUGGAAAGGCUGAACUUGUUGCUUCAUUAACAUCAACUAGUCGGUUUGUAUUUAAUGCCAACUUUGAACCUGCCAUUCAGAGUGGUCAUGUACAUAUUCAAGGAAGUGUUCCUGUGACUUAUGUUUUAAGUGACUCAGAAGAAGAUAAUGAGAAAGAAAGGUUGAUUACAGGGGGAGCAAUAAAAAUUCCUGUUUGGGUUAAGGAAUCUGCAAAAGGGUCUUCUGAUGACAUUACUGAAAAGAAAGUGAUAAAAGAUAAGACUGAUGAAGGAUGGGAUUUUCAGUUAGCUGAAAGUUUAAAAGGUUUGAAUUGGAACAUGUUAGAUGCAAGUGAAGUCCGUAUAAAUGCAGAUAUAAAAGAUGGGGGUAUGACGUUAAUUACAGCCUUGUCUUCUUAUGCCAACUGGCUUCAGGGCUAUGCUGAUAUUAUGCUUCAGGUCAAGGGAACUGUUGAACAGCCAAUUAUAGAUGGUUCUGCAUCCUUUCACCGUGCUACUGUUUCUUCUCCAGUAUUGAAGAAGCCUCUUUCAAAUCUUGGAGGCACACUUGACAUUAUAUCAAAUAGAUUGUUCAUCAGUUCAAUUGAAAGCAGAGUCAGCAGGAAGGGGAAGCUAUUGCUCAAAGGAAAUUUGCCUCUCAAAAAUAAUGAAUCGUCUAGCAAAGAUAAAAUUGACUUAAAAUGUGAAGUUCUAGAAGUGCGAGCUAAAAAUAUUUUCAGUGGCCAGGUUGACAGUCAAAUGCAGAUUAUGGGUUCUAUAUUGCAGCCAAAUAUUUUAGGAACGAUACAACUGAGCCGUGGGGAAGCAUAUUUGCCUCAUGAUAAAGGUAAUGGUGCUGGUUCUAAUAAAUUGGCAGAUGGUCAUUUUAGCUUCCCCACUGUUGAUUACAACCAAGUGACUACAUCUGGACGCACGCCGCGUUUUGUUGGAUCCAUGUCUGAUUCAUCAAACAAAUGGCCCCAGUCUCCAGUGAAGGAACCUGUGGUUGAGAAGAAGACUGAGGAGAAAAUUUUUAAACCUCUUGUUGAUGUACGACUUACCAACUUGAAACUAACAUUGGGACCAGAGUUAAGGAUUGUUUAUCCUUUAAUUCUUAACUUUGCUGUGAGCGGUGAACUUGAGUUGGAUGGUAUGGCUCAUCCCAAAUAUAUCCGGCCAAAGGGAAUUUUAACAUUUGAAAAUGGAGAUGUUAACUUAGUUGCCACACAGGUCAGGUUGAAACGUGAUCAUCUCAACAUAGCUAAAUUCGAGCCUGACCUUGGCAUAGAUCCGAUACUAGACUUAGCAUUGAUGGGAUCGGAGUGGCAAUUUAGAAUCCAGAGUCGGGCUAGCACUUGGCAGGACAAUUUGGUUGUGACCUCAACUCGCUCUGUAGAUCAAGAUGCUCUCACACCAACUGAGGCUGCUAGGGUUUUCGAGAGUCAAUUAGCAGAGUCGUUGCUGGAAGGGGAUGGCCAACUAGCGUUCAAGAAACUUGCAACUGCGACCCUUGAAACGUUGAUGCCCCGUAUUGAAGGAAAGGGAGAAUUUGGGCAGGCAAGAUGGCGAGUCGUUUAUGCUCCCCGAAUUCCUAGUCUGCUAUCUUUAGAUCCUACAGUGGAUCCUCUGAAAUCUCUUGCCAAUAAUCUCUCCUUUGGUACUGAAGUUGAAGUUCAGCUUGGAAAGCGACUUCAGGCCUCAGUUGUGAGACAGAUGAAGGAUUCAGAAAUCGCAAUGCAGUGGACAUUGAUGUAUCAGCUGACAAGCAGGCUGCGAGUUCUCUUUCAAUCGGCACCAUCAAAUCGUCUCCUCUUCGAAUAUACUGCAACUUCCCAAGACUAGUUUUCUUUGUCCUUACCUUCACAGCAUGAUAUGCAAUGUCAGUCCUAUUUAUUUUUGUAUAUACUUAGCGGAUAUUUUGUAUUCUUUUUUGCCUGCGAAUUAGUAGGCUUGUUCAUAGGCACACUGAUUUUGUUUGUACAGAUCUAUUUCUUGGCAAAAAAAAAAAAAAAAAAUGGAAAUGGCAAGUGAAA